CUACACACCUCAGCCUCGCCUCCCUCACUCCACGUCUCUCAAGAUCUCUCGCUCCUCUCGCGUUCAUCGCCCCUCCCUCUCCCUCUCUUAAAUACGCAAAACCCUUUUGAGAUCUGACCACACGAGAUCCAUCGGACCCACCAGCAGACCCCCGCCCCCCCCAUAGAGAUUGCAAGUCGGAGGAGGGAGGAAGGAGGAAGGAAGGAGAAGAUGUGUUGCGGCAGCAGAGUGUGCAUGCUCUGCACGUGCCUGAUCCUGGUGGUGGUCCUGAUCGGGCUGCUGUUCGGCUUCGGGGUGUUCAAGCAUGGGUUCCACAAGCUGAAGGACACCAUCCACGACUGCGAUCCCAGCGGCGGCCCCGCCGGGCUCUGCGGGAGCGGGAGGCCGUUCCUGGGUUUCCCGGCUCCUCCCCCCUUUUAGGUUCGCUCCUUGGAUUCGUUCUGGGGAAUUUUUUUUUUUUUUAGGCUGUUUUCCCUGAUCUUGGGUCGUGAAAUCUUGCGUUGGGAUUUGUUGGGACAUUGUUCUUCCGGAUUGGUGCCGAUGAUUGUAUGAAGAUUUGUCAGGAUGUAUAUAUAUAAUAAUUCUUUGGGUCAA